UGACGUGCUGCCCCAAUCAUCACUAAACCACCACUAAACCACCACUAAAGUUCAACAGGACGCCAAGAUUUCGCGAGCAGAGCACGAAGCGGCUCCUCGCGGACUAGACAUGCUGUCCACAGUGAGAUUGCUAAACAUUUUGUAGUUACGAGAAUCAAGUGCCCAUGAACGCCUUUCGAGUUGUAUGCUUUGACGACCCUCAAGCUCGAGUACCUAGAUGUAACUAUGCACCGACAGCGCAAUAUCCGUCUCUGAGUUCUACAUGACCUUUCACACCGAGCAACCCGCACUAUUCCCCACCCGCAUCUCGGGACGCUACCUCUCCACUACUUCGUAUCACCGCCGCCACUUUCCCGCCUUCUCUCCGACGACCCGACACGGGCCAGCACCUUUCGCCCACUGCGCGCGGCCGCCAUCUCCCACUAACCGACACGGCGCAGGACGGUCACUUAACGGCCAGGAGUCGGCCCUGCAUCACCUCGCACUCGGACGGCUGUCUAACCCCACAGAGCCUUGUAGCCGCCGCCCUACUGCACCCCACACUCACGCUAGACCCCGGUACUCUCAGGCCAGGCAAGCGAGACCGAGUGCGAUGCGGAAACAAUUGCCCAACCUCGUUGACAGACGGCAUAGAGGGCCGCCGGACUGUCAUGCUGCCGCACUUUGCUUCCGAUCCGACUUUUUCGAUUUCCACGACCUGCAGAAAGUUGGAAAACGGGCCAAGUUACUGUAUACUUUGAACCGUGUAUUCUCCUUCUUUCACACACACACGAGAGAUUCAAGCAUAGAAUUCCGUCAUCCAAAACUCUCUCACAUGCAAAGCAGCCGAGUUUCGAGUUGGGCUUUAGACGCUGCAGAACCCGGUCCGCACGAGCCCAUCGAAUGCAGCACGAAGCUGGUAAGCAUGCUGCUCGUGGGCCGACUCACAGGCGCAGAAGAUACACCUGCCAGGCGAGGAUGCAUGCCACCGUCGUGUCGCGUUACCUGGAGUGUGCGAGUCGCAGUGCGAAUGGACGUGCGCUGGACCCGCGUCCGAGGCCGUGGUGGUGGGAGCGGUAGUGUCAGUGCCAGUGUCACGAAGCGAGUACAUCAAAGUGAAGUGCAGUGAAGUGAAGUGCAGUGAAGUGAAGUGCAGUGAAGUGCAUAAACAGCGAGUUCCGCGCUAUGCUAUAUACGCAAC